CCCUUGGUGGUGCCAUUGUGGGGGUGGGGGUGAGUGAGGGUGAGUGAAAGAACAUUAUUGGUGACUUGAGGGACUCGGGGGAAACUUUGCGAGCUGGAGCAGACGUUAAAGUCGAGGGGACACAGCAUCUCACUCCGGUCUGCCUCUUGUUUGUCUGUUUAGUAACGAGUUCAACGAUUGGCAAAUAGUUUUAGAAAGUGUGUUGCGGUGCCAUCGCAACACACGUCCGUUAAUGAUGCUGAGCUGAGUAUGGGAACAGCUGAAAGCACAAAGAGAAAUCAGAAAAAGUCGGCUAAUCCAAGCACUGCACAGAGGGAAGUGAAUUCCGGCACAAGCAUGGCAGACCAGAAAGACAACAUAGAUGACUUUAAAGUACAGACAGCCAAGCAUACCAACAUCAGCUCAGCCCCUUUACGGGCGCACAGUGAACACUCCAAAGACCGAGCGUCUAAAAGGCUUUCGAUCGAGUCGAACGGGACCAGUGAUGGAGGUGCAGGUUCCUCCACGCCCGUGGAGAUCACCGCCUUGGAGGAGUCGUUUCGACGCUUCGCCAUCCACGGCGACACUCGCGCUACCGGCAAGGAGCUGCAUGGCAAGAACUGGUCCAAACUCUGCAAGGACUGUGGUGUGAUCGACGGCAAGAACAUCACCCUGACUGACGUGGACAUUGUCUUCAGCAAAGUCAAGAAGAAAUCCUGUCGCACCAUCACAUAUGACGAGUUCAAAGUUGCACUCGGAGAGCUGGCCAGGAAGAAAUACAAAGAGAAGACGGGAGAGGAGGCCGAGGCCGAGGUGUUCAAGCAGAUCGAAGGGAAGGCACCUGUCAUUGCAGGAGUCACGAGAGCCGUGGCUUCCCCGACAGUGAGCCGCCUUACGGACACCACCAAGUUUACAGGGUCACACAAGGAGCGUUUUGACGGCACCGGCCGUGGGAAGGGUAAGGCGGGACGGGUAGACAUAGUUGACACUUCCGGAUACGUCUCGGGAUACAAACAUCGAGGGUCGUAUGAAAAGAAAAUCAAUAAACCAACUGUUUAAAGAGGAAAUAAACAUUUGAGGAUCGUUUUUUAUUUAAAAAAAUAAAGAAGAGUACUCAAAGAAAGCACAAAAGAAAAAUGAUUUCAUACAUUUUCCCGCCCAUUUAUUUAGUGCGUGCGUGUGGCUGAGUGUGUGUGUAUCUGUGUGUGUGCAAGAGAGAGAUGUUUUUUUUAGUUCCUCUCUUUGUCAAGUGUGAGAACUGGAAAAUUGUUUACAUCUAUUUUUACAAAGUCAUCACCAGCUGGUACAUUCCUGUCAGAGAGCGAGUUACUGCCAACACUGAAGAGAACAAA